AUGCCAUCACCAUUCUCAUACUCACCAAUCAAGUUGGAACUCAGUUUGAGUUCAUUAGGAUUAUUAACUUCAUCAGUAUUGAUUGCAUCAUACUUAUACUUGCCAAUGACUCCUUCGAUCAAGUUGAUGCUCGAGACGGGCAAGAGUAGUGGUGCGACGGACCUUGAGGUCCGCUUCAUCAUCCUCGGCACACUGACCUACCUCUCCCUCCUUGCAAUGGCACUUAUAUUCAGCAAGGGCAUCACCAAACGUAUACCAAGGAACAUUGCACGAUGUACAUUCGGUGCACUGGGCUUACUGUCCAUCAUCAACUUCUUCCUCGUGUUCAUCAUGGACCUGCCCUACCUCCAACAUGGCAGUGACCUUGCCUAUGCCAACAUCACUGGCAAUGGUACCAGCCACUUCCCAGUCAUCAAUGAUCGCCAACUUCACUUCCGAUGUUACAGCAACCCUCAGUCAUGUCUGCAACAUGAUGGUGAUGUUGAAGGAAGUUUGAGUUGCAACAACUCCAAGACCCUUGUAUUCGAUGCAGGCACACCAUUCUUUAGUACUAUAUGGGGCAAUGUAUUGGAGACGCUCAACCAAAGGAUGGACAACAAUCAGGGUGGUCUUUCACAAGUAUCUGAUUAUUGUGUAUAUGACCGAUAUGGUUUUGGAUGGAGUGAUUAUAUCGGUGUGUCAGUGCCCGUGGUACAGACCGUUGAUGACCUCAAACAAUCAUUGUCCCAACUUGGUGUUAAUGACAAUAUAAUACUAGUUGGAUGGUCAUAUGGUGGAAUCAUUGCACAAGUAUACGCAUCCAUGUAUCCCAACAGCAUUGAUGGUGUCGUCCUCGUCGACUCCAUGGACAUCUACGACAUCAGCGUCAACAUGACCCAAGGUAUCGAGCAUGGUAAAAUGUCAUUCCAUAUUUUGACAUUGUUGGAAGUUACUGGAAUACCAAGAUUGAUCAACUCGUAUCCAUUGGAGAGUGGAUAUCUGGGGAAUGAUGUGACGUUGGACAAGAACUUGAGGACGUACUCCAAUCAUGUGUAUCAUACUUGUAACUUCCUUCAAUCAUCAUGGUUCGAGUUGAACACAAUACUUGGUGCAUUGGCAUACUUGAAGGAUAUGAUGUACAAUUACAAUCAAGGUGGUAAUAGUAUGCCAUUCUUGGGUGACAUGCCUUUAGUUGUAUUGACAGCAACAAUUAACUCACAGGACAAUUGGAUAGAGAGACAGAAUGAGUUGGCAAUGUUAUCAACCAAUCAUUUCCACAUCAUUAAUAACUAUACAGAUCACUUCAUUCCAGUACAUAAUUCAUCGGCAAUUGUAGAAUCGAUA